UCCAGUCUUCUUGUUUGWCGGUAACUUUAUACGUAAUCCAAAAGAAACCGAAACAAAAUGUACAAAAUCUCGCGAGAAACGUUUUMAAAACAACAUCAAUGUGAUCAAUAGCUAUCAAUAACUUCGUCUAUCUUCGUUUUUCCAUCAAUACCUUGCGUAAAUCGUCAUAAUUCAUGUCAAAGGAAACGAUAUUUUGACAUCUUUAUAGGCGAAGUAAACAAAGAUGGCGGGCACGGUGCCGUGGGAGAAUAUGACUCAAGUUGGAAAAAUUAGGAUUGAAAUAGUGCGUGAUAUUUGUUGUUUUACUGACAACACUAAAGUCAAGGCAUCUGCUAUUGUUUACUGCUGUUCAUCUACUCUAAGUAUUUUUGGAGCUGGUUCAAUAAUAUUUUAUUCUCUGUGGAAAAAAAUCGUAAACAGCCCUGAAGUACAACCGUUAUUUCACUUGGCUGUUGCAAAUCUUCUUCUGGCUGUCAUGUCAGUAAUAGGAGUUAUUUUGUUUGCAUUUCGAGAACAUCACCGAGUGGACUGUUUCUAUUUUAAUUGUGUUGAAGAGGCUUUCUUUGUCAUCUCAUUCUUUCUGACUGUGAAUUACGGAAUCAAUGUCUAUAUACGUUUAAAAGAAAGAACAUUCAGGCUUCAUAAUCUGCUUUUUACCACGGUAUCAACUAGCGAUUUUUAUACCUGGACAUUUAGAGUACUUUACCUGGGCUGCUGGCUCAUUCCAGUUGCCAUGAUCAUUCCUCUUGUUGUAAAGUUUAAAGGACUGGAUACUGAAGCAAAAAACAAAACUUUGUUCUGCUCAAGGUGUUUAUUUCUCUUUGAUCACCCAAAGUUUCCUAGCACCACCAAUCYUGUAGACACAUCAUGGGCUAUAUAUAAUUCUCUCAUGAUGAUCAUCUCUCUUGCAUUCUCCAUUCUGUUGCUAUUGAUAUUGUACUACAUGACAGAGAGAAUUUAUACCAAGGCACUCAAGCAUUCAGGAUAUCAUACCAACACACAGCGUACAAGCAUGGCUAACAUGAGGAAGCGAAUAUUUCUGUUCAUACUCAUAUUUAUUAUCUGUUGGUUCCCAGCUUUUGUUAUUGCAUGUAAAGACUUACACAAGAUCUUCGGCAAACAUUCAWCCAUUUGUGACCAACCAUAUUACAUUCAGGCUCUCACAGCACCAUUACAAGGCUUUUUGAACAGCAUCAUUUAUGGUUGGACAAGAAAGACUUUCCGAACUGCAGCCGAUCGACAAAGAUUAAUCGAUGAGUCRUCAAUGCAGGUGCAAACCUAUGGCUCCUCGGGUGAGAUGUAAGAUGCGAUGCCAUUUGUUCUGUUAACUCAGCUUGGGUAAUUCUUUUUUCUUCAAGGCCCUGUUAGCAUCUCUCUCAUUCUAACCUCUGACUUGCAUCACCACCCCCACCCCUUCUCGAAUCAUAUUUAAAGUCAGCAGGUAAUCAGUCAGUUAGCCCUAAUUCUAGAAAUAGACUUAGAACACUUUCUAUGUUUUUGCAACCACCUCAAUCUAGUCAUCUGGGGGAGGGRGUGGGGGGAGUUAAUUUAGUCAGUCUAACAUACUCAUCCAGACGCUGAUAACAAUGAUGGACAGAAACAGAUAAACCUUAAAGCUUAUUUUGUCAUAGUUUUCUGGAUGCAAUAACGUGAAAAGAGCUGUAAUAAGCCUGAUAAAACAUGGGCAUUGAUCGCACACUGCCAUAUUUAUUCCCAUGAGAAUUACCAACUGUAACCUCAUCCUGAAGCAUUUAAAURCGAGGCUACGGGGGAAUCUAUUCCAGAAAUGGCUGGAAAAACAUAAGAAGACCUAAGUAYUAAUAUAAGUACUGGUAAAACUUUGCCAUGGACAAAAAUACUGUUCCAGGCCGCGACAAAGCUCUUAACGCGACUUUAAAUUUUAAUGUGGGUAAUGUAUAUAUGGUGCAGAUAAAUAAUUCAGAAGAGUUUAUUAUAUACAAGUGGGAACUUUAUGUGGCACUAAGUUUAAGUAAUUAUUAUUGUUUUAUUAAGUCAAACCACAGUUGCAGUAAAGUAUAAAGGGGUUAUUUUAUUGACUAAGCCAAGAUUUCAUAACGCGAGGCGAUCAAAGAUAAAAAAUCUAGUGUGGCGAUCCAGUGCCUUGUGCUUGCUUUGUGCUUGCUUCGCUAAAGACUUGAUUAUAGUCGUGUCGUUAUCGGAGUCGGAAACUAUUCAUGAUUGUAAUUGCAAGUAAAAACGUAAACCACUCGUCAUAAGCACAAGCCAAGUAAACGAAACCUUCCUAUUCCAAGGGGAGAAAAUUGAAUAAGAAGGAAAAAGAAAAAGAAGAAAGAAAAUGUUAGGAAGAAAGGUGGUAGUGGAAACGGAUAAACGAAAGAAGAAGUAGGUAGGAAGGAAAAAAGAAAGAAAGARCCACGAGGAAAGAAAAAGCGACAGUGGAAACGAACGAAGGAAAAUGAAGGAAGGAAAGAAAAACAGAAAGGAUAAACGAAAGAAAGACGCGGAAGGAAGGAAGGAAGGAAGGAAGGAAGGAAGGAAGGAAGAAGUUGCACGAAGAUCGAAAACAGAAAACCACUCAAUAGUAUUUAUAUAGUAUUUUAAAUUAUCUUGAAACAUUAUGUUGUGUGUGACAGUUUUACUUGUAAAUAGAUUUAACUUAUUAAUUAAAUGAUUAUUAACGAAU